UAUAUUAAAAAAAUUCUUAAAAAAAUUUUCUUAGCCAAAUAUGCUUUUCAAUUACUUCUGGUUUAUACAAAAUCUCGUACUGGAGCAUCAAUGGAAUGUGAAGAGGGAUGGCGAGCGUCACCGGCUACGCCGUCACCACCGUCUGACGGUGGCAAUUCGGUGGAGGAGCAAGUGAUGAGCGAUGUUCACCUGGGAUGUCCCCCAAACCACUCUGGUCCCCAUAUCUCCUACUUCACUAUCUUACUUCCACCACAAAAUGAACCUAUUGAGAGCUCCCUCCGAGAUGAAUGGAAUUCAAUGGGAGCUAAAGUUUGUAGCUUGGAUGAAGAUGGCGAUCUUAUACUAGCUCGACGAAAAAAAAAAUCCCAGGAUUAUUUUGUUGUCAGCAUCCAGCAUAACAUCACUUCAUCAAUUCCAAGGGUUGGUUUGCAGGUAUGGAGAGCAGAAUUGGUAUUAGCUGACUUUGUGUUGCAUAUGAUGCAUAAAUCAUCUGCAUUUCAUGGAAUUGUGGCCGUAGAACUUGGUGCUGGCACAGGGUUGGUUGGCAUGUUACUUGCACGUGUUGCUAAAUCUGUCUUCAUAACAGACCACGGUGACGAAGUGCUUCAAAACUGCUCUGAGAAUAUUCAUCUCAAUGCUGGAGUACUCGGCACCAAGGCGUCUGUCUUUGUACGUGAACUUGAUUGGAAUGCUUCAUGGCCCCCUCAAGUCCUUGAAAACUUUUCAUCGCAGCAAAGGUAUGGAUGGAGCAUAUCAGAAAUUGAAGAGAUUCAAAGAGCUACCAUACUUGUCGCUGCUGAUGUAAUUUACAGUGAUGACCUAACUGAUGCGUUCUUCAGUAUACUAGAGUUACUAAUGUGCAAAAGUCCAGAAAAGGUGUUAUAUUUGGCUCUUGAAAAGCGUUACAACUUCACUGUCGAUGAUCUUGAUGUUGUUGCAAAUGGUUACUCUCACUUCCGCAGUUAUCUUAAAGACGAUGAAGAAGAUGAUAGUAAAAACAAAAGUUCACCUAGCUUUGUGGGUAAGCGCAUCAACCUUACAGAAAUUCCACAAUAUGUGGGAGAAUACGACAGAGGAAAUGAUGUUGAGAUUUGGCAGAUUAUGAGAAGAAACCUUAAUUCACAGUAUCAUAAGCCGUGACGUUGAUUUUGAAAUCUUGUUCACGUAGAAAGCUUAGAAAUUUUUUCCGUAAAAACUCGGCGCGUGACAUGAAGAGUUUGAGUAUACUCUUUUAUAUGUUUAUCAUUCAAUUAUGUUACGUAAAUGAAAUAGAAGCUAGAAGAAAAUUUGGCAAACUUGGUGUGUAUGAGGAUCAAAUUUUAAGCUGUAAAACUGGGCAUUGCCUCAAUAAUUUAUUAUUUUUACUUA